AUGAAGAGAAUUGCGGUUGCGAUCGGUAAGUUUUGGGGUAAAAUCAUUAUAUGUUGGGAUUCUUUAAUACUACCUUAGUAUAUAGCAACGUAUAGGCUGAAAUUUUUAGCAUUUUUCGGCGUUCUGGCGUCGGCCAGUCCUUACGGCCAACAAGGAGGAUAUGGCGGAUACCCCCAGCAAGGAGGAUACCCUCCUUAUGGCGGUUACCAUCAUCAUCACCAUCAUGGCCACUAUCCCCGCGAACAGUAUCAAUACCCCGAGAACAAUGGAGUUCCAGUCUACCCCAAGUCUGAACCAGGCUACCCAGGCCAAGGCUACCCAGGCCAACCAGGUCAAGGCUACCAGCCAGGUCCUUACGAUAAUCAGCCAUCUCCUCAGCCCGGUCCUUAUGAUCCCUAUCCAACGAAAAAAGCCUGCCCAAGCACCGAGCCAACAUCGGAGCCAUCGGCAGAUCCUUCCGAAUCGACUGUGACCUCUUCUGACGCCUCUGAAUCCACUUCAGCUACCACCGACGUUUCCGGAUCCUCGGAUUCUGGCGAUGUCACUGGGGUGUCAUCGGUUUCUACGUCCAGCCCGAACCCUGAAAGCUCGAGCCAAACCUCUGAAUCCUCGUCGUCAACCUCCGAAUCCCCGUCGUCAACCUCUGAAUCUUCAUCGUCAACCUCUGAUUCCUCGUCGCCCUCUACCGGGGUCUCUGGAGCCUCCGAUUCCAGCCCUGUUGACGCCACUUCUUCGACGACUAGUCCCGAGCAUUCUAGCACCACUGAAGCCGCCUCCGAAUCGACUGAAUCGUCGGUUUCUCCGUCAACCCCAAGUGGCGCCACUGAUAACGGAGCGGCCACGGCUACGGUAUCUACAAGUGGAAGCACUUCUCAUCACGGUGAACAUACUGGAAGCACUCAUGAUCACAGUGGACAUACUGGACACCACAGCCAUUCAACUCAUGCUCCAGGCCACUUCUCCACUCAUCAUCCUCACACAUUCAAGCCAUUUUCGAAUGAUCCAAUUGAGCUUCAAUCUCAGCUCAUCGCGCAUGCCGAUUCAUAUCCCUUCAAGAGGGAGAUCACGCCCGUUGGCGUAGGAAAUGGAACUGGUAAGGGCUUAAUGAGUAUGCUGAUUUGACCUUGUUUCUAUAGCUGCGGAUUGGAAAGCCCCCGCUGGCCCUCUUGCUGGGCUGAACCUUAGCUCCAGUGAUCCUGUUUCUCCAGUUUGGGGUAGCCCAAGCCUCCCUGGCCUGGACCUGAAAGCCCUUCCAGCCGACACUCCCAAAUGCGUUCCCGACGCUGGAGAAGUCGCGUUGACGAUCUUCAACUCCUUUGGUCACAUCUUGCCCAAGGCUCCCACUGGCCGUUGCGCUUGUCCCACCGGCAAGGCAGAGGUUAUCAUCACCAAGGGCGAUGUGAACGCCCAUCCCGCCACUUAUACUCCAGAUGUCUUUUCGUUGUCAGCGUAAGUUCAUGCUUCGAUGUUUAAUAUAACAUUUUCCUGCAGUGUGGUAGCCGCGGGUCGUGGCUGUCCCACCAUCGAGGAGUUUGAAGUGUGUUUGGUCGAUGGAAGUUGCUGCAAAGUUGAGACAAACGGAUUCACCGGCUUCAGCAUCUACCCACAUUGCGAUGGAACAUGUGAGUUCUACCAGAUCUUUGGUUCUUUCUCGUCUUUUCAAAUGCCAUUUAAUUUAAUUUUAGCCUGCAAGAACCGUCUGGUCUUCCAACAUGUCAACGAUAAGAUCAGGUGCGACAACGGAAAGGUCUAUUCGAUUGAUCAACAAAAGGCCGAUGGCAUCUACAAGCCAUUGGAUGCGUCAUACCCAGAAGUCGCAUCCUUGUCCUGUGGCAAAACUCCAAAGCCCUUCAGCUGUGUAGAUGAGCCCAAACUUCCAGCCGCUCAGAGUACGUAUCAUAUCGAUUACCCUGUAUCAUCUUUAUUAUUAAUACUUUCUUUCCAGUUUGCCCCUUGCCCAAGGAGAACAACGCUCUGCUCCUCACCGAUAUUGUGUAGGAAUUUACAUUUCUUUUUCGCAACAUCAUUUUACUACCCUCUAAUAAUGAUUAUUUCAGCCUCGGACCAGUUGGUGUGGCCACUGGCUACUGUCUUUGCCCCGAAACCCAUGCCUUUACGUUCGCUGCGGCUCAAGAUGAAAACUGGGCCAAGCAUGAGAAGCCGACUUUCAUUAAGGCGUGAGUUUUCGUGAAUCUCUUCAUGUAAAUCAAACUGUAAUGCAAAACUACUCGAUUAUUACAGAAAUGCCGGUCUUUCUUGUCUGGGGCAAGCUCCACUUUGCGCUUGCAACAGUGUGACCCAGCAGUGCUGGCAAGUCAGCAAUCCUCAGCCCGAAGACAUCGCUUUUGUCCCCUUCUGCAGUGACAGCGGUAAUUUCAUCAAUUUAGAAGUUUGUCGGGAAAAUAAUGAGCAUUCAUCAAAAGUCGCGUCGCCGCCGAGAAAAUGAAUUGCAUCGCAGCAAAAUCAAAUUGCUUUUGACUUCACCGAGGCAGUUGGCGUAGCGAAAUUUUGCUCAUUAUUUACCCGACAGACUGAUAUUUCUCAUCCCUUCAUAUUGAAAUUCAAUUCCUCCCUCUCUUCAGGCUGUUGGUACAACUUUGUCCUCAACAACUGUGGUCUCCUUGCGCCUGGGUGCACAAUUAUUGACCGGAAGAAUGACAAGUCCAUCACCAAGGAGCAGUUCGACCAAGUAAAGGCGCAGAAGGGCGCACUGAACUCGGCCUACCCCCUGGUCAACACCGUCUCUUGCGGCUGCGAUCGCGCUUUGAAGCUGGCGCAGGGAAGCUGCUCCAAGACCUUGCUCGCCGUUUAA